AUGUCUAACAUAAAAAUCAUGACCUGGAACUGCAAUGGCAUCAGAAAAAAGACACAAGAACUAACAGCAUUUGUAAAACUCCACAACAUCCAUGUAAUUCUACUAAGCGAAACCCGCCUUCACCCAAAAACUCAACUCAAAAUUCCAAAUUUCCACAUCUAUCGUUCUGAUCGUAAACCGCUUCCAAGACAUCCACCAAACGGGGGAACUGCAGUACUAAUCCGUCGUGGAAUUAUGCAUAAUCAUGUCAAUGUCUUAACUGAACUUGACUCAACCUCCGCACAAAUAAAAAUAGAAAACGAAAUCACCCAGGUCACGGCGGUCUACAAAAGUCCAAGCGCUACCUUAAAAUCGUCAGAUUUGGAUGCGUUAACCAAGCACCAUGGCCCACUCAUAAUCGGCGGUGAUCUAAACGCCAAGCACACGGACUGGCACAGUCUACGCUCCAAUAAGUCAGGCAAGACCCUAGCGCAACACGCCGAGUCGUCAAACCGAUACUCGAUCGUGGCUUCCGACUCGCCGACCUACUUCUCAUAUGUCCCUACGCACCGCCCGGAUGUCCUCGACAUCUUUCUACUUGAUACGCCGAACUGGAACUACUUCAUCACCAACCUUUGCGACUUUCUUCUGACCAUAGCCCCCAGAUUAUAA